AUGGACAUGGCAAUAGAUGAUUAUUCGACGGGAAAACACAUUUUACUCCUGAGAAAAUGGCUUGAGCAAUGCGACAGACACCAUGACGACAGGUGCAAGGCUGUAUCGAUAGCAGAUCGGCCAUCAUGGCAAGUGCCAGACUGGGUGAUUGAUACCAACCAAGGCUGCAUCGUUCCAGGCUCCUCGAUCAAGCAAUACGCAGCCCUGAGCUACGUGUGGGAGUCACCCUCGCCAGAGGGCAGCCGAGUAACUUCAGAAAGGCUGAUGCUCUGCCACGACAAUAUUGAGGAGUUCCAAAGGCCGGGCUUCCUCUCCGCUGACGUAAAAAAGAGCCUUCCGGCGGCAGUGCAAGAUUCGAUUGUCCUGGUCCUGCAAUCCGGCGUACGGUAUCUCUGGGUCGAUUGCCUGUGCAUUGUCCAGCACACAGAAACGACUGGAGACAGGGUCAAGGCGAUGAGCGAGAUAUACUAUGGAGCUUAUUUCACCAUUGUUGCAGCCACAACAGGAGGAGGACUAUUCGAUCGAAAGCCUGGCGAUAAUGUAGCUGCGAAAGCUCGUCGUGCCCUCCUAUGGCGCAGGGGUGCCCUUUGGUUUACCGCAAAUGCGCAACGUCUCUAUAGCUCGCUCCUCGCAUCACACUGGGCCACUCGUGGGUGGACAUUCCAGGAGCAGCUGCUUUCCAAACGAUCUAUCAACUUUAUUGACGAAAUAGUCUUCUGGGACUGUGAAUGUUCCGUGUGGUGGCCUAGUUUAGCAGAGCUUGAAAACGGUAGCGGCGACACGAGCAAUCCCAAGCCUGGGCCAGAAUUUGACUGCAAUAGUAUGAAAUACGACACUUUCGGUAUUGCGAAUGAGAAAUAUAUAGAGGCGCAAAAGCACAAGGAACUGUCCCAGUCGCUCAAGUCAACCUCGGUUCCCAAUUUCAGGCUCUAUAUGGAGCUGAUAUGCCGCUACAAUCACCGGAAUCUCACAUACCCCCAGGAUGCGCUGCCCGCCUUCUCUGGAGUGCUGAGAUGCGUUGCAGAAGCAUCUUCGAGCCGAUUUAUAUGUGGAUUGCCGGUCCUCUUUCUUGAUGCCGCUCUUCUGUGGCAGCCGCUCUGGAAAGCAAAGAGGAGACUCGCAACGGACAGGGGCAGAAAUAUUGCCCCGUCAGCACCACUCCCUUCCUGGUCCUGGGUAGGGUGGCAAUGUCUGAUUGACCCAGAGAGCAUGGUCAGUGGCCUUGACUAUGAAGUAGGAGAUGUCAUGGACGGCAUUUCAGACCCGCCUCACAGGUCUUGGAAAACAUCAAAGCUGGUCGACUGGUACAUUCUACCAAAUAAGGAUGUCCAAACUGGAGAACUAUUGAAAGAGCAUCAAUGGAUGGAGUCAUGUAAAUUGUUCCAGAGCAGUCCCUACGCUGAAGACUUGCCGAAAGGAUGGUCCCGCAAGUUGGGUUCCGAAUUCGUAUCUUGGGAGGAAGCAGGCGAUGCCGCCAUACUUCAGCUUUGGAAGACUCAUGUUGGGGAAACUCCGAUGUCAGAAGACUCUCCGGGGCCAGCGUCCAAGCCGGUUGAGUGGUAUUUUCAUGGUGUCCAAGACGACAUCUUGUACUACUAUCCAAUUCCUACGAGCAAUGCCUCCUCACCGACUGCCGCAAGUUUAAGCGAUGCACCCUUUCUAUCCUGCGUCACUACGGUGGCACAUUUCAAGGUCCGGAGGAUGCUUGUCUGCUGA